UUAUGAAAUUAAAAUGAAAUGAUGAAAAAUAAUCCUCGAAAUCCAUCUUCCCCAGUCUUUUGCAAAUCCAAAUCCCUAAAUCCGUCCCUUGUCCAAAUACCCCAACGCAAUCCGAGUUCUCUGUUGAUUCGCCGUUGGUUGGCUGCAUCGCUUCUUCAACAACUGCUGAAUGCUGAUGAGUAAUGAUGCUAUUCCAGUUUAUCCAAUUUCGUGAAACCAUUUGAGCUCAGUUUGAAAGCGCCACUUUCUACGCUCAAGCCUCGUCAAUGGAGAACCAGGAAACGAUUACCGCCGAAGCUUCAAAUGCGGUGGCCAGUCACACUUUUCCUCGCCAUGUCGGAGGCCAGGAAGAUGCACAAGGCGAUGAGUUGGCUGAGCCGGAGCCGGAGCCGCACGGUCGGAGGAAGGAGAUUCUGAAAGCGCUGGAGGCAGUGGAGAGGGAUUCAGCUGCCAUAGCCGAGAGCUUCUCCUCUCUCUUCAGCUCUCUCCGCCAAUCACUCUCACAGGCUACUGGCUCUACGGUUGAACACAUGAACUGCUUCAGUGAUGCAGCUGGACGCCUUCAAGAAUGUGUGCUUGAUGCAUCAACAAAGGGAAAUCGAUACAUAAACUCUUGUCUGAGAUUAAAUGAAGAGAUGAAAGACAUGGAUGCUCUCGCAACAAAAUUAAAAAUUCUCAGGAGACAUGUUGAUGCACUGGACUCUGUGGUGAAUCGAGUUGUUCGUUCGCCUUAAUUGUUCGACAUUGACCAAAAACAACUUCCUUGCUCUUAUGGUCGUAAUGAAUUUUGUUGAUGCACUGGACUCUGUACUGGUUUAUGUUGUUUCUAUCCAGUUACCGAAGUUGAGAUGGCAAAAAUUUCCUAGCUGCCAACAAAUUAAUAGUAUUGCCUCCGCGGUAAGCUAGUUAUAUUUCUUUUUGGGAUGUUCAACUAUAAGUGAGUCAUUUUCUUUUUUAACAAAAACUCAUCUCUCUUAAUUUAUUCUUCACAUACUUUCUUUCUUUA